AGACUCGAACACAGAAUCUGGUCCAUGAUUGUUAUCAGGUUGUGUACCUUAUAAAGGCCAUCACUUGGUCGACGUUGCGAUAUUAAUCCUGCAAAGCGAUUUCGUGGUGCUGGCCGUGUAAGAUAACGCCAGGAGAAGAUUAGGUCAAAUUUGCAGGAAUGUCUGAGUUGAAAGGAGUUCGCAAGAGCUAUGAGAUCGGAAAGACUAUCGGCGAGGGAUCAUUUGCUGUGGUCAAAGCUGGAAGACACAUUGAAACUGGCACCCCGGUGGCGAUCAAGAUUGUUUCAAAGAGGGAUGCUUUGUUCAAUGAAGAGUCACUGGAUAGAGAGAUUGCGACUAUGAUGCAAUGUGAUCAUCCUAAUUGUGUUGCACUGUACCAGGUGUUUGACGAGCCUCAGAAUACCUAUCUCAUCCUCGAACUGAUUACUGGGGGAACCGUCAUGGAUCGUAUCGUGGAGUUGGACAUGUGCUCAGAGCACUUGGCAUGCAAUGUCACUAAGCAAGUUUUGCACGCCUUGCAAUACCUUCACAACAUUGGAAUCAUUCACAGAGAUCUGAAGCCAGAAAAUAUCCUCUACGCAUCGAAUGACCCAAGAUCACCUGACUACAACACCAUCAAACUGGCUGACUUUGGGUUGGCUAAGUUCAUGACUGGAUCCGGGGCGAUGAAGACCAUUUGUGGAACUCCUGCUUACGUUGCUCCUGAAGUGUUGAGCCAGGAGGGGGAUGCACCGGAAGGAUACGAUUGCAAGAUCGAUUUGUGGUCUCUGGGUGUUGUCGUUUAUGUAAUGCUUUGUGGCUUUCCUCCCUUUGCAGAUGAGAACCGAGCGCUGUUGUUUGAACAGAUCAAACGAGGAAAAUAUUAUUUCCUGUCGCCGUAUUGGGACUCUGUAUCAGAUCAGGCGAAGGACAUGGUUUCGAAGAUGAUUGUCGUGAAUCCCGAAGAUAGGUUAGACACGGCUCAGUGCCUCAACCAUCCCUGGAUUAUGAAUGAGGAUACUGCCUCCACUACCCGACUACACGCGUAUAUCAUAGAGAUCUUGUCAUUUGUGGUUGGUAAUGCCAACAACUCAGUUCCCAUCGUGCCUUUUUGCUUAUUCGGAAACUGA